CUUUAUAUUGCUUCCUUUGUAUGAAAUCCCUGGUGUUCCUGCUAGACCCUCUACUUUCCAAUAAAAAACUGACCACACUAGGCAUGAGAGCACUGCAUGGUCAGUUCUUUAGCUGUGCUGGGAGCAGGGGCGGACUGACCAUUUGGAAACUCGGGCACUGCCCGUGGGCCCGGGAUGCCCCUGGUACCUUUUUCAUAGGAUUUUUUGAGUUUGGGCAAGGACACGGGUCCCAUGAUCCCCUAUUGCCCGGGGGGCCCCAUGAG